UAAGUCGCAAAUACUUUAACGAUUCUUGUGUUCAAAUAGUCGUUAAAUACGAUCGUUGAGCAUUCUCUUAGUCGUGAAACGAAAGGAUGGAAGUAACAAAUUAUAUCAGAAUAUGUCGUUUCUUCACGGUGGACAUUUUUGAGUGUAGAGCCAUGAAAUAUUGCCUCUUGGCAAUAUCUUUGAUUAUAUCACCUUUGAUUCUCCUCCAAGGAUAUUUCUUUUUAAAAAAUUUCGAAUUGAAAUAUUUCGUUCAGUAUGAGCCUAUUUACAUUCUGUUAUUAUAUAUGAUGGUAUCCAUUUACUGUCAAGCUUACACCACUAACAUAAUCAAAACUUACAUUCACGAAAUCCAAGUGUGGAAAAUCGAAGAAGUCACAAAAGAGAUUAAAAGAAAAGUGAGGCAAACUUGGAUUUACAUUACGGCGUACAUGUGCACGACCACGGCUCUAGGUCUCAUGGCUGGGAUAUCGUCCACCGUACCGACUUCGCUGGACAAUGAUCUUAUUUUCGUUUACAAAAUAGUAGAACUGUAUUUUCCGCAAUGGGAAAAUUUUAUCGUGUGGUGUCUAAAACCUACGUUUUUUGUGUUGACGUACGUGGGCAUAAGUGUACCUGGAUUCGCGAUUUUGUAUUUCCACGGCCACGCCAACCUGCAAAAAUUUAUGCUGAAACACUGCUUGAAAGAUAUAAACGCCAAGUUCAAACACCUAGAGUACAUUAGAUGGAACAACGUGGAGUACCACAGGGAGAUCGAGGAAAAAUUGAUGUUUUGCGUGAAGCGCCACGUCCAGCUCACUGAGUAA